CCCUCCCCCCGAGGGGCGGGAAUUAGGACCCCGGGGAGUAUAAAGUCAGCUCAAAGGAAGCGAGCGGAGAUUCCUAAACUCCCCCGCAAGGCUCGAAGGACCCUUAUCUCCUGGGAAUUUGCACACACACUCUACUUGGGGGCUUUGAAAAAUAAAAAUAAAAAACCAAGACCGAGUUGGAUCCGAACCCGUGACCUUUCGAGCUGCUAUAAAAUAUUCUCGCCGUCGCAAAUAUGCUAACGUUAUGCGCGGACGGAUCCUGCCGUCUAGUUACAGUGAUGGUGCUCGCUCUCUCUUUCUUUGGCUGCGCCGACGCCGCGGAGAACUCCGCUUCUAUCUCCAACGCCAUCAUUAAGAGCUCGGCGGCGGCCGGAUUUCCAGUCACCCCGGCGCCGUCGGUGUACGACGGAAGCAACACGCACCACCCCAUCGAUCCGCACCAGGGCUAUCCGUGCAUCGGGGACGACGACUGCAGAGCGGGAGAGUAUUGCGCCACCCCUGCCCUGCCGGGCUACCCGGCGGCACAGAUCUGCCUUGCCUGCCGCAGGCGCCGCAAGCGCUGCCAUCGCGACUCCAUGUGCUGUCCGGGCACUUACUGCAGUAACGGGAUCUGUGUGCCAGUGGAAUAUGAUAAGUUCCAUCCUGGGGAGAUUGAGGAGACUAUCAUAGAGAAUUCAGACCAUGGCACUUUGGACCUUCACCCCAAAAGGACCACAAUUUCAUCCCAGUUUCACUAUGCAAAAGGUGAAGAAGGUGACUCAUGCCUCCGCUCCUCCGAUUGUAUGGAAGGACUGUGCUGUGCCCGUCAUUUCUGGUCCAAGAUUUGCAAACCGGUUCUUAAGGAAGGCCAAGUGUGCACAAAACACCGCAAGAAAGGUGCUCAUGGUUUGGAGAUCUUCCAGAGAUGCAGCUGUGGGGAUGGAUUGACUUGUCGGAUACAAAGAGACCACACAAUCAGCAACUCACCUAGACUACAUACUUGCCAGAGGCAUUAACUGUUGCAUUUUUAUUACUAAACCUGAUGGACUUAAAAGAGACUGAGGUGUGGGAUACUCUUGUUCCGGAAAAAUCACCUCCAAGGACUGACAUGUUUUAGAGUUUACACUAAAGUACUCCAGCAUCUUGCCCCCUCAAAACUGGAGGAUGAAGCAUGUUUCUUUAGGGAACUAUUUUUAAAAGUGACUAAUUACAGUAAAUUACUGUGUCUGUAAAUUCUUGGGUGUGGCACUUAACUGUACAUGAUGGGAGAUUUUAAUUUUUCCUGAAGUGCUGCAUGAUCUUGUCUAUUGUGACAUGUGUUGUACACACUGGUUUUAUUUUAUUGAGCCUAUUGUUUUGACAAGUGAAAUAAAUUUCUUUUAAUUAUC